AUGUUUGAUUCUAGCUUCUUUGGUCCUGCUGGAAAUCCAUUUUUGGAUACACGUGCUUCUGGGUUGCUUGAACAUCAGCCAUCCCAGCCUAAAAGAUCCAGGGGACCAAUAAUUGAGGAGUUGAAAUCUGAUGACGAUGAACAAGAAAAGGAAAGGAGAAAGGAGAUUAAAGAUAGAAAUCCAAGGAAGCAUGGUAGGUCUAGCAAAGAGCCUUAUGUGGAGUAUCCGGAUGAUGAAGGCCCAGAGAAAAAGAGUAAGCAGAUAACUCAACGAAAUGAUUUUAACCAGAUGCAUGUAAGUUCACAACCCCAACCACACAGCUUCACUUUUCAGAGCUCCACUGUGAGUUAUGGUGGUACAAAUGGGGCAUACUGCACCUCAUCCAGAACAAGGAGGACCAGGAGUGAUGGUUUGAUGUUGGAAGAAUGUAAAGAAGCUAAUUCAUCAACCAGACAAGCAACUCAUAGGAUCUCAAAGGGGAUUCACGACAAGGGUCAUUCUGUUACUCGGAAAUUGAAGGCAGAUGGUAGAGUGGACACGAUGCAAACCCUGCACAAUCUUAAUGAAGAUGAACUUGUUGGAUUUGAGGAAGCAUGGAAAGGAAAUGUGAGAAAGCUAACUGGCUUUAGUGAAGAAUUCUCUGGUCAAAAUGCUAUGGGAUUCAGAGGCAGUGGUCCGAACUGUGGAAGUUUGGAGCUUCCUUCAACAGGAAGAUCAAUCAAUUUUGGAUGCCCGAAACUGUAUGCUAGACAUGGGGUCGGUCCUCAUUCGCAUCAGUCGGGAAUGAUGAAAACAGAUACUACUGAAAGGAUACGCUCGUCCAUGGUCAGACCAAAACACCAGUAA